AUGUCAGUUUCUAUGUGUGUUCAACGUGUUAUGUUACGAGAAACUCCUAAACAAAAAAAUAAAUUCGUAAAGGGCAAUGCACCAAAUGGUGAACCAGGUGCAGCUAAAACUCAAAUGAUUCAACAGAAAAUCGAUGAGACAGUAGGCAUUAUGCGAGACAAUAUUAAUCGUGUUGCAGACCGAGGAGAAAGAUUGGAUGUAUUACAGGAUAAGACUGAAAAUCUCUCCCAGUCAGCCCAAGGAUUCCGACGUGGAGCCAACAAAGUACGCAAACAAAUGUGGUGGAAAGAUAUGAAAAUGAAAAUUAUCCUUACAAUCGUUGUGCUCAUCUUGUUGACUGCAAUUAUUGAGUUUAUUACACUUUCACCUUCCUUUCAUACAAAACAGAACAUUGCGCAUCACAAAGACAGACAUAUCGCCAUGGAGAAAGCGGUUCGAGGUGCCACCAAACCAAAAAGCGCCGCUCCAAAACAAAAAUACCUACAAGUGCUUCUGGGCGCGACGUCGGACGACGAACUGGAAGAAAUUUUUAACGUACUGCACUAUCGUUUGCGGGAACCUUCGUGGUCGAUAGUUUUUAAGAGCCUCAUAGUCAUACACCUCCUAGUAAGACAGGUAUCCGGGAAUAGAGCUUUGAGCUACUUGGUGGAUAGACCAACGAUGAUGAACGUUUCAAAGUUCAAGGAUAAAUCCGGUUCACAGCACGUCGAGCAGUCUAAAAAUAUUCAUGCAUACGCCGCGUAUCUGGAAGAAAGAGCGGGAACUUACCGUGAAUUAAAAUUAGAUUUCAUAAAAGAGCACUCUCGAUCUGAUGCAUCAGGUGGUCGCCUGAGAAAGCUCACCGUUGCUAAAGGGCUGUUACGUGAAGUUAAACUUCUACAGCGUCAAUUGGGUGCACUUUUGAAAUGCAAGUUUUUCUUGGAUGAAGUUGAUAAUGAGGUGACGUUGACAGCUUUCCGAUUACUUGUCAAGGAUUUAUUGGAUCUUUUUCAAGUGGUGAAUGAAGGAGUUAUAAAUGUUUUGGAACAAUAUAUUGAAAUGUCGCUAAUUGACGCAAAAGAUGCACUAGAAAUUUAUCGUACAUUUGUGAAGCAAACAGAGGGAGUUGUGGACUACUUGAGCGUGGCAAAAAAAUUGCAAGCUGCGCUUCAAAUGACUAUUCCUAAUCUCAAACAUGCUCCUGUAUCGUUGACGGUUUUUCUUGAAGAAUACAUAAAUGAUCCAGAAUUUGAAAAAAAUCGACAAGAAUAUAGAUCCUCAAAAUUAUUGAAUUCUACCGUGACUAAAAAAUUAAUUGACAAUAAGGCGACUAAAACUACUACCACCGCAGCUGCGCCUAUAAAAUCAGCUGAUUUGAAUAAAUCUUUUGUCUCCUCGGAAAACCUUACUAGUAAUGUGUUAACUACUUCCCCUCAACCCCAGUUGAAAGAAAAGGAAAUAAUUGAUUAUUUUUCAAGUAUUGAAAAAGAACAAAUUUUGAUAUUUGGGAAUCAAUAUGGAACAGGCUCGUUAGGUCACAACAAUACUGUUUCCACUACAAAUCCAUUCUUGGCUAUGCAACAGCAACAACAGAUUAAUGAUCAAGUUUUAUUACAACAACAAUUGAAUCAAUUAACAUUGCAGCAACAAUCACCACAACCACAACCACAUAUACCUGUCAGACAAGAUACCAACCCAUUUAGAUCAUUGUACUCACAAUCUUCAAUGACAAAUUCCACAUCGUCACCGAUUGGAACGAUUGUGUCAACUCCUCAAUCAAUGAAUUAUAAUCCAUUCCAACAACAGCAACAGGCGUUAUCUAUUCAGGGGACGUCAAUUUCAUCUCCGCUUAACCAAACAAAUCCAUUCACGGCAAUGACUACGACAAGUAAUACAACUACUACGAUUGAUAAUAAUCAAUUAUUACCGUUAGAUAGUAAUCCAUUUAGACGAUCUACCAGAUCAUUUAGCUUCAAUGAUCCACAAUCUGCUAUCGCUACUUAUUCUGGUUUAUCGUCAUCAUCUUUUCCUGAUUCAAGUACAUCAAGUAUCGUGCCAUAUCAACCAUUCCAUGCAAACACCUUACCAUUUAGAUCUCAAUCUCAGCACCGACAAUCUGCCGCGAAUAUUUUUGGUGCUGAAUAUUAA